AUGACGGAAAUUACAAUAACCUCUAACUCUUCGUCCAGCAAUACAAGCUCGCAUGCCCUCAGUUUCUGGGCCCCCGAAACUUCUGGAAGUUCUCAGUCUGUCUAUAAAGGAUCCCUGACGGUCGAUCGUCUUGGAUUUCUGAAGUCUUCCAAUCGAGCAGGUGGGCCGGUUCUUUGCUCUCUUCCUGCAUACUGUGAAUCGGUGAACUUUACUUCGGGUUCGCGGUUUGAUGACAACGCCGCGUUUAUUGAAGAUGAGACAGCGAAGAUAUUAGUAAAGCACGCUAUUCAAUACAAGUCAGUCAAUGCGCUCGGCCGCAGGUCGAAAGUGAACCCCGAGCCUGAACCUGUUCCUACGGUCUUUGUUUUACUGCCGAAGAAGUUUCCCGCCGAAGAUUUAUACAAAGCUGCAAAAGAAAUCCAUAACAGCUUGUCAGGAACUUUCCCAGGGAUCUCAAUCGAGCUGAUCAACGGAAAGUUGGACCUCCACCCCUCAUGUUAUCCAGUGUUGAGCAGCACAUCAAUUUUUUCUAAGUGGUAUAAAAUUUCCGGCGAAAUUAUUGCCAAAUGUUGGCUGGGAGAUUGGACAGCACUUGAGCUCUGGCAUUAUGGAGUUGAGCCCGAACCUACAAGAAACCCGAUCACAGUUCUUAUUAGCAUCAAGGAAGGCUCAACUGCAAAUUUCUUCACCUCGACGCAAAAGAUCGUUGGAAUUCUCGCUAUGAACCAGGAACCGAAUGCCGAAGUUCUUUUCAUAAAGAACAACGUGAGAAAUCAUGUCCAGGAUUCACAACUACCAUGGAAUGCAUGUGGAAAGCAGGCUUUACCCGGGGUAAGCCUCGGUAUUCACAAUAGCAGCGCAGGAAGCUCUACUCUAGGGGGGAACGUUGAGCUUCGUUGGCCGAGCUCCCCAGUAUGGCGGACCUAUGCCAUUACGUGCUUUCAUGCCAUUUAUCCUCCACGGGGUCCUCAUCGGGACAAUUUGCGAAGAAUCAAAGAUUCAGAAGAAGCUCUGGACAAGUGGGAGUUCUCUCCAUUACGGUCAAAUUUUACAAUCGCUCAAAGACCAGAGGAGGUUAUCCUACGAAUCGACCAUCCCUCGAAAAAGGAUAUUGAGAGAUCAAUUGACGUAGCUAAAGUUGCACUGAAAGAGGAGGAAGAAGAUGGAGAUUUUCAGAAACUUCUCAAAAUUAACAAACUAAUAAAAGAGGGCUCUGACGAGUUUUUCUUGACACCUCUAGAAAUCCGAUCCUUGGAUUGUUCUGUCUCGGUGAUUGCAACCAUGAAAGAAAGUCUCAACCAUAUGGUCAGAUUCUACCGCAAGAAAGGAUACAUGCUGGGACAUGUAUUUUGUGGAAGUGGAUUACACAGAACAUGCUCGACAACAGAUGGAAGAAGUAUGAUUUUAGAUUGGGCGCUUGUUCACAUUGGAAAGCAUGAAGCAAGUGUGAAACCCUUUAAUUACGGUGGUAAUGGAAUAUCGCCACAAACGGAUUUCUUGGAAUUGACUGUUACCCCCAAAGGAUCCUUAGAGGCCACUGAGGGAAAAACGGUAUUCAAAACAGGAAGGUCGACGGGAUUGAGCCAGGCUACUUGGGGAACACUGUGUCAGGUCUCCUUUUCAAGAGAACAAGAUCCUUCGGUACCCGGCGGAUCCAAAUUCAAAGCAACGUGGGAGCAUUGCAUUACUUCCCCAUCUAAUAAGCCAUUCUCCGAGCUUGGAGACUCGGGAUCACUGGUGUGGCUGGGUCGUGGACGAGUUGUUGGGAUUCUGCAUUCAGGGGGUGAGAGAGUCAACACGAGCUAUAUUACCCCAAUCGAAGAUAUUUUCGAGGACAUCAAAAGAAUCAGCGGGGCAUGUGAAGUUCGGAUGAAGAGCCUGCCUCCUUGA